AUGAGUUAGUCAUAAUAAAAAGAAAAAACUGAUUAAAGUUUACAAAAAUAAAAAAAAACUGAAAAGCCUGAAAUAAAACCAAAAAAGUAAAGCGAUGGUAGUUUAUAUUUUGAUCUUGAUGAUAAAAAAAGGGUGAGUAUUAGAAAAUUUAAAGGCAAAUUAUAUAUUGAUGUUAGAGAAUUUUAUGAAAAAGAUGGCGAUAUGCUUCCUGGAAAAAAAGGAAUUGCCUUAACAUUAUCUAAUUGGGAAUAAUUAAAAGGUAUUAUAAAUAAUAUUGAUGAUGCUAUAGUUGAACUUGAUUGA